AUGCCUCGCGGUAAAAGUGGUGACCAGUUGAAAGCGAUGCAGGACGCUGCCCGAGAGUCCAAGCGGCGGCGCCGCGAGCAGCAUGCCAUCGGGGAACAAUUGCGCCCGCAAGUUGGCCCUGUUGCAGUGGACGCUCAAUUGUUGUCGGGCCAGCUUGCGGCCAGGUCGCCCAACGCGCUGCAUCCGAUCGUUGAUAUCGUUGGGCAGGCCGUGGCGAACGCCAUGGCAGUCAGAGCAUCUCCGUCUGAGCUCGGGCGACGUUUCUUGCUCGAGAAUGUUUCUACUGAUAAGACGCCGCUGGACAAGAAAGCUAGUGCCUUCAACAUGAGCAGGAGGACGUGCGACAGAACUACAUCCAG